CCGAACCGGAACAUCGGGAAAGAACAGAACCGGAAGUCUCGUUUUGUUUGCACACCAGCUGUUCGUUCCGAUUCAGAAGAAUCUCGAAAAACCAACCGAAGCCAAACUGAACUUUAAUCGAAUCUGGGCGACCGAACACGUAGGCAGAAGGAGGAAGAUGGGAGAUAUUUGGGAAUGGCUUAUAUCCUUCUUCUUGCUCAUCGCUCUUGUCGGAAUCAUAGUGUAUCAGCUUGUAUGCUUAGCGGAUCUGGAGUUUGAUUACAUAAACCCUUACGACUCUGCGGCGAGGAUAAACUACGUGGUGUUACCGGAGUUCAUUGUUCAAGGAGUUCUAUGUGUGUUCUAUCUCUUUACAGGACACUGGUUCAUGGCAAUCCUUUGUCUCCCUUAUAUGUACUACAACUUCCAACUUUACUCGAAGCGACAACAUUUGGUAGAUGUCACGGAGAUAUUCAAUCUGUUAAACUGGGAGAAGAAGAAACGGCUGUUCAAGCUUGCUUACAUAAUCCUUAACCUCUUUCUCACUAUCUUCUGGAUGAUUUAUUCAGCGUUGGAUGAUUAUGAGGAUUGAUUGACAAGACGCCCCCAUCCAUCUGAUUUUAACACCGCUGCGUAAUGACCCAGCGCCGUGCUCGUGCUCAUGCUUGUAGACAUGAUUAAAAAAAAAAUGGAAGGACAAAGUGUAUUUACUUUUUUUUUUUACCUGUUUGAUGUUUGUAAGAUUAGUGACAGAAUGAUUUGUGCAUCUUUCGUUGUUAGAAGCAUUUUCUGAUUUAUCAA